AUGAGCUCUCGCAACUACGCCUCAAGUCGCUACACGGCCCGCAGAAGCGGGAGAGGGUUGCGCGGCACUGCGCCCGACGACUCGGAGGAUGGAGCGCCGAUCGACACGACCGCUCCCUCCCAAGACUUUGAGCCGCUCGGGUCGGGGCCGUCUUCUCGGACCACGGCACCGCCUCGAACCUUGCAGGAGACCAAGUACCCGCGCUACUCGUACGUGGCUGAGCUGGGCGUGCCCCUCACGACGAGCAAAGGCCCGGUCAAGCCCAAGAGCAUGCUCCUCGUCAGCGACCUCGACAACACGCUCUUUGGGCCCAACGGCGACGGCGUCAUCGCGCGCCCGUACCUGCGCACGUUCAUCCGGUACAUCAUGCAUCCGUCAACGCCCUACUCGCUCGCCAUCUGGACCUUCUCGGGCCGGAUGUACGGCAUCGCGCACCUGAGGCAGUGCGGCAUGGGCAAGCACCUCUUCGACUCGGACGACCUCAAGGCGCCCAAGUUCAAGCCCGGUCUGCUCGCUGUCUGGGGCUACGAGGACUCGGGCUUUCUGCCUCACGAGUACGGCCGCAUGGCGUCGGGCAAGGCCGUCAAGGACCUCGACCUCAUGUGGAGCAUGCUCAACGCGACGACGGGCUCGGACUGGUCGCCGCUCAACUCGCUCCUCCAGGACGAUCUCGCCUCGAACGGCCGCGCUCAGCCCGACAACAUCAUCAAUUGCCCCGUCUUCACGACCAAGUGCCCCGACGACGACUUUCUCCUCGCCCAGAUUGGCGUCCUCGAAGAGCUCUCGACUACGUCCAACGUUGGCGCCGCCAUCAAGCUCGGCAACCUCGAGCACGGCAUCCCGCUCGACAAGCUCGACAAGUACGUCCUGCGCGCGACCGAGGUGUGCGGCAAGCUCGGCAUCAAGGUCUCGAGGGGCACGGCGUACCCGGAUCCAGCCGUCAUCAAGGAGCUCAAGGACAGCGCUCGACCUGUCGGCCCGGCGCACGACGCUGCCCAAGAACCAGCCGUCCCGCACCCCGGUGCGCUCCCCUUCGUCCACCCGUCGCCCAAGCGCACCGCCACGGGCAUGGUCCUCUCGCCGUCGUCGCUCUACAAGUCCGAGGUCGCCGUCCCGAGCACGCCCGGUCGCAUCCGCAAGCCGCUCGUCAUCUUCGACCUCGACGGCACGCUGUACACGCGGCCGCCGCAGCACCUCGAGCACAUCCCUGAGGGCGAGCCGUCCGGUCGGCCGUACCUGCGCUCGUUCCUCAUGUGGCUCUUGCGCCCCGGCUCGCCUUGGAUGAUAGACAUCUGGACGGGCUCGCAGAAGGCGACGGCCGUCAAGUGCCUGUACGAGCUCGACCUCGGCCUCGUCGGCCCGUCGCUCGUCAAGGGCGAAGCCGAGCUGCUCCACCCGAAGCUCGUCGCGUUCUGGGCUCGCGAGGACGUCGGCCUCACCGACAAGGACUUUGUCAGCUACGUCGCCAUCGUCAAGGACCUCGACAAGCUGUGGGAGCACCUCGCCGACGAGCACCUCGGCAAGUUUGACCCGUCCAACACGGUCAUGGUCGACGACACGCCGAGCAAGCUCCGAGCGCAGCCGUCGUCGCUCAUCGCGGCGCCGACGUACGACUACCCGCUCGGGCCGUCGACCUACACGGUCGCAGCGCAGCUCGACGGGUUCCUCCUCGCGCUCGCCGACAUGCUCGACGAGCUCGCGCCGCAGAGCAACUUUGCCAACUUCAUCGAGCGCGCCAGGUGGAACAAGGUGCUCGGGCGCACGGCGAUCACGGACAAGCGCAACGCCGGGCUCGAGCUGCUCGAGCGGGCCAAGAUCCCUGUCGAGGCCGAGGCGAGGGGACUUCUGCCCGGGACGGAGCCGACGAGCAAGAGGGACCAGGGCGGGCGCACGGCCCUCAGCAAUACCGCGUCGUCAAUCACCCGUCUCACCUCGUCGAGCCUCGCCGCCCUUCCUCGCGCCAAGCCGUCCGCCGUCACCUCGGACACGGACAAUGCCGCGCCGAGCGACGACGGGUUCAGCACCGACACCGACACGACCGACGCGAGCGUCGACGGCGACUCGGACGACGCCGAGGACGAGGCGAGGCGCCCGGCGAGGAACUCGAGCAGCGCCGCGAGGAAGAGCUCGGGUGGCGGGAGGAGGUAGAGUGACUGCGAUUGAUCUAGCGGUUCGC